UUUUUUUUUAACACAGUAUACGAUAAUGGCCAAGGACAAGAAAGAUAAAAAGGAAAAGAAGGUCAAAUCUGAAGAAGGAUCUACUAUUAUUCGUUUUAAUUCUCCCAUUGCUCAUCCUAUGGCUGAUGAUAAACUUUCUAAAAAGGUAUUCAAGACUAUUAAGAAAGCUAGCAAAGCAAAACACGUUCGUCGUGGUGUUAAGGAAGUUGGAAAGGCUCUUAGAAAGGGAGAAAAAGGAUUGGUUGUGAUUGCUGGUGAUAUCUCUCCUGUCGAUGUGAUUGCUCAUAUUCCUGUAUUGUGUGAAGACUCCAAUGUUCCUUAUGUGUUUGUUCCAUCCAAAGAACAAUUAGGUGAAGCUUCUUCAACAAAGCGUCCUACUUCUGUAUCUAUGGUUGUAUUGGGCGGUCAAAAGAAGGAUCUCAAGAGUGCCGAAGACUACAAGGAAAUUUACGAAGAAUGUUUCUCUCAAGCCAAAAAGUUGGAUGAAGCUUUAGUCUAUUAGAUUUUAUUAUCAUAUAUUCAAUUUUUUCCCCCUUUUGCAUCAUACAAACAAUUUCAUUACCUUAUUCUCAUUUUUUUUGUCCUUUUGUAUCUCUUUCGCUCUCUCUGUCUCUUUCUUUCUAACCCAUUUUUGUUCAUAUAACAACGUACAAUCUUAUUUUAUUUUACUAUACACGCAUUAUCUCUUUUUUUUUUUUUCACCCAACGGUCUUUCAAUCAAUAAACUGUAGAAUGACUCCUUGUUUUUUAUAUUCUCCUUUUUUCACUUAUUCUCUCUCUCUCUCUCUCUCUCUCUCUCUCUCUCUCUCUCUCUCUCUCUCUCU